AUGGCUGGGAAAACACUCAGCAACGGGACGCUAAGUCUCCGCUUCAUGCAAAAUGCCCAGAGGGCAAAACUACAGGCCCAGGUCGAAGUGGAGCAGGCCAAGGUCAAGGACGACGCCGAGUGGUCUGUCUCGCAGGAAAUCCGAGAUGCAUGGGGAUUGGGCGAGUCUUUGAGCAAGCAGGAAGACAACGUGCACGAAUCUUCAUAUCUGCCCUUCAUCUUCCAGUCGGACAAGGGUGAAGGAACGUCAUCUGCGUCUCAACCAGACGGCAGACCCGCUUUCCGGGGCCGUCGGGCGUUCAACGCCAAAGGCAAGGAGGUCGUGCCGGAGCCAGUGAGCGCCACAACCGUCCAUCCUGCCCCACCCUCCGUCUAA